GUUAAUUAAUAAAAAUGAUGCCUCCACCAGAUCGAAUAAAUUAUGCUGAGAUGAAAGUUUAAGUAUUAGUUGGUUUGAUUCAUUAGAAAAUUCAAAUUCCAGUCUAAGUUGCCGUAUUGAAACCUGUCUAUGUAGAUUGUCCUUAUCCUUCAUAUGUUUUUGUUUAAGGAGAAAGUUAAGCUAAGUUAUUGGAAAGAUAGUAUGGAAAUUGGAGACAAUUUUUAAAUACUCCUUAAAUAAGAUAAGAAAUAUUGAAUGUUUUCAGCGAUACUGAAUCUGAUUCAGAAGAAGAAAAGAAAAAGAAAAAGAAAAAAGGUAAAUCUUCUAAAGCUAAAAUAAAAAAUGAAUAAAAUAAUGCGAAAGAAUUAAUUUAAAAUCAAUAAUAGAUUCCAUAAUAUUAAAAUUAGAAUUAACAAUCUAUUUAAACAUAUUCUCAAGCUGAUUAAAAUAACAUUUAUAAUUAAAUUAAACCACCAAUCGUUUUGGAUGAUAGAGGGGCUAAUUUUGAAAAGUAAAAUGUAUUUCCAAACACUUUGUAAAGAAAUCAAACUUAAAGUUUUCCAACAGCAAAUAUUCUUUAAACUAGGUAUUAAAUUUACAUAUCAUUAUAAAAAGAAAUGAAUUAAUUCCAAAUAACUCUUCAAAUGUUUCAAGAGGUAGACAAGACUUAUAAAAUUAUAAAAGUAAAUUAAUCUUUUUAUUUAGCAUUUCUAUAAAAAUCAUAAUAAAAUUUACCUUUAGGAGAGGCUGGAAAAUCAAGAUAUGAAUUUUAAAAUAACUGA